AUGGCUUCCCUUUCCGCUGAUUGCAAUACUAUUGCUACCUGCUCAACUAUAUCUGGUACCAAUAGAAAAAAGUUGAAAAACACCAUCGAUUGCCAUGGUGUCAAGAAUAUUACUGUUGCACUUCCAGAGGAUAUCAUGAUGUUGAUCAUUAGCAAGUUAGACUUGGUGGGUUUUCAUUGCUUUAGUGCAGUCUGCAGGUCCUGGCAAGCGAUGGCCAUUGCUGCCAAGAAAAUAAGGUUGUUGCACCUGCGACCUCAACUCCCAUGGCUGAUGCUUUCUUCAUUAGAGGAUCAUCAUCCUGGGUUUUUCAGUCUCUCCCAUGCCAAAGUUUUCAGAUUAGAAUUGCCCGAAGCAUAUGGUGCUCGGAGUUUUGGGUCUAAUUGGGGAUGGUUGAUAAUGGUGGGUAAGAUGGGACGCAAUUUCCUUUUGAAUCCAUUUACUAGAGUUGUAAUUGAACUUCCACCACAAGCUACUCUUCCUGUUCAGUUACCUUCAUAUAUGCUUUAUGUACAGACUGACAACCUUAUUAAGAAGGCUAUGUUGUUGUCACCUCCUGCUGCUGUUACUAACAACAAUUCUAAUUUGGAUGAUAAAAAUAAUGUACCCUCUAUGGCAACGGAUGAUUGUGUGGUUAUAGCGAUUUAUUGUAUCCAUGAUUUAGCCUUCUGUAGGCCAGGGGAUGAGAAGUGGACCGCUUUGGGAAAAAGUUUUCGAGACAUUAUUUUCUACGAUGGAAGAUUGUAUGCCAUUACUGAACAAUGUGAUCUUAAAUUUGUGGAGUUGGGUCCUCAUCCAAAAGUAACAAGCUGUAACAUUGCUCGUCCAGCAGAAGAGGAUCUUUGCCUUCCGACUAACAUGGGGAAGUCCUUUAAUUUGGUUGAAUGUCUUGGAGAGUUGUUGAUGGUUAUGAAAUGUUAUCUACGUGACAGCCUAAGUACUGUUUUGCUCAAGAUAUUCAAGUUAGAUCCAAAGGGUCAGAAAUGGACUAAGGUGAAGGAAUUGGGUGAUCAAAUGCUAUUUAUUGGCACAAGUACUGCCUUAUCUGUCUCGGCACGUGACUACCCUGGAUUUAGAGGAAAUUGCAUAUAUUUCACAGAAGCUGACAACCUACCAGUGCUUGAAGCUAUAGUAGGUGGAAGAACAGUAGUUGGAUUGUUUCACUUAGAAGAUAACAGCAUUGAACAUUUCUUCUCAAAGCCUAUCUCUCCUGUGUCUCCACCUAUCUGGUUCGCACCAAUUUUUUGA